UUAAAAAGCAACAAAUUACCCAUCCAACAAGAUACAGAAACAAAUACUGAAGGAGAUACCACGAGCUGGUUGAGAAAACAGGAUGACAGAGAAAAAGAAAGAGGAAGUCAGGUGUGUGUGUCACACCCGAUGGAGCCUGAAAGCGAUUGCUUUCCACUCAGACGUGAAGGGUCGUCUGAUAACGCUGAGUGACGGCGGGCGUCGGGUUUCCAGGGACGAGUCGUCCUUCUGCCACGGGCUGACGUUCAGCGGGCGACCGGUGAAGCCCGAGGAGAAGCUGCGGCUCCGGGUCGAGCGCUGCGGCGGAGUCUGGCACGGGGCACUGCGGCUCGGAUUCGCUCAUGUGUGCCCCGAGCAGACACCUCUGCCCCCUCUGGCCAUCCCAGACCUGACCAACUCCCCGCUGUACGCCGCGGUCAUCGUCCCCGAGCACAUCUGUCGCCCCGGCUCAGAGAUUGAGUUCAUGCUGAAGAAGAACGGCAGUGUGAGGAUACGGGGCUCUGAUGGCAGAACACACACGGAACAGACCCAUCUGAACCCCAAGUGGCCCGUCUGGGCGAUGAUCGACGUCUACGGGCAGACCACGGCGAUCACGAUGCUCGGCUCCAAAAUGAAGCGCUGGAUCUUCACCAGUCGCUCCUGUCCUGCUCUCACACACGUCAGACACACUGAAGAGAAAGACACACAGGAGAGGAAGAAACACAUGAGUACGCUGGAUCAGAGAAACCUGAGAAACAUCCAUCCUGACACCACAGAUCAUGACGCUCCAGACUGUGCGGAGUGUGUGGUGUGUUACAGUGAUGUGGCAAACUGUCGUCUGAGCUGCGGUCAUAAAUGCAUGUGUACUCCAUGUGCCAUGAGGGUUCACAUGACGUUUGGGACCUGUCCUCUGUGUCGUCAGCCCUUGGGUUCCUUCCAUCCCUACGUCCACUAACUUUCGUCCCAGUUCAUGAAGUGGCCAUACAGUUUGUUGAAUGUAUAUUGAAUGUAUUUUAAGUUCUUAUGUGCUGCUGUAAUGUACUAAUCUAUCAUUGCACUGUGCAGAUGUUGUAUAUGUUAUUUAUUUUUACUCUGUUUUGUAUGUCACUUUGGAUAAAUUCAUAUUGAUUAUAUAUGUCUAUAUAUUUAUACAUAUGCAGAGAUGUU